GGCCACUGCAACCGCAUGGACGGCACGAGCCUUUCCUCUGUCUCUCUCUCCCUCUGUCCUCCGAUGCGCGGGACGUGCGCGCCUUUUCCCCUCCUCCCCCAUUCUCUCUCUUGAUCGCUUCCGGUUAACACUUGCCAUCUCUCCUCUCCCUCGUGUCGCCACACCAGGCGGGGCGCUUUCUCCCUGCCGCACCAAAGGAGGAAACCAAGCAACGGCCAGGAAGGGUUCACGCGAGACGCAAAAGUGGGAGGGAGAGAGGCGUGGGCGGUUGGGUUAAUGCUCCUGUAGUGAUCUGAGAGAGCGGCGUAGAGGCGGAGGAGAGAGCGAGAAGUAGGGGAUGGCGGGGAAUGAGUGGAUCAAUGGGUACCUGGAGGCGAUCCUGGACAGCCGCACCGCGGCGGGAGGCAGCGGCGGAGGAGGAGGAGGGGGAGGGGGAGUGGGAGUGGGAGGCGGCGGCGGGGACCCGAAGUCGCUGGCGGCGGGGGCGUCGCCGACGGGGGCCACCAGCCCCCGCGGCCCGCACAUGAACUUCAACCCCACGCACUACUUCGUGGAGGAGGUGGUCAAGGGCGUCGACGAGAGCGACCUCCACCGGACAUGGAUCAAGGUCGUCGCCACCCGCAACGCGCGCGAGCGCAGCACCAGGCUCGAGAACAUGUGCUGGCGGAUCUGGCACCUCGCGCGAAAGAAGAAGCAGCUGGAACUUGAGGGCUUCCAGAGAAUGAUAGCAAGGAGGAAGGAGCAGGAGCAGGGGCGCCGUGAGGCAACGGAGGACCUGGCCGAGGAUCUGUCAGAAGGCGAGAAGGGGGACACCCUCGGCGAGCUGGCGCCAGUGGAAACGGCCAAGAAGAAGUUCCAGAGGAACUUCUCUGACCUCACUGUCUGGUCUGAUGACAAUAGGGAGAAGAAGCUUUAUAUUGUUCUCAUCAGUGUGCAUGGUCUUGUCCGUGGUGAAAACAUGGAACUAGGUCGGGAUUCAGAUACAGGUGGCCAGGUGAAAUAUGUUGUGGAACUCGCUAGAGCGCUGUCAAUGAUGCCUGGCGUUUAUAGGGUAGACCUCUUCACUCGUCAAGUGUCCUCUCCUGACGUGGACUGGAGUUAUGCAGAGCCAACUGAGAUGUUAACCACUGGUUCCGUUGAUGGAGAGGGGUUGGGUGAGAGUGGCGGAGCGUACAUUGUGCGUAUACCGUGCGGGCCAAAGGACAAGUAUCUCAAGAAGGAAGCACUGUGGCCUUACCUCCAAGAGUUUGUCGACGGAGCUCUUCAACAUAUCCUGAACAUGUCCAAGGCUCUGGGAGACCAGGUUGGCAAUGGUGGGAGGCCAGUCCUGCCAUAUGUGAUCCAUGGCCACUAUGCUGACGCUGGAGAUGUUGCUGCACUUCUUUCCGGGGCACUGAAUGUACCAAUGGUGCUCACUGGUCACUCCCUUGGGAGGAACAAGCUGGAGCAACUGCUGAAGCAAGGGCGCAUGUCCAAAGAGGAGAUUGAUUCAACCUACAAGAUCAUGAGGCGUAUUGAGGGUGAGGAGCUGGCCUUGGAUGCGUCAGAGCUUGUCAUCACGAGUACAAGGCAGGAGAUUGAUGAGCAAUGGGGAUUAUACGAUGGAUUCGAUGUCAAGCUUGAGAAAGUGUUGAGGGCUCGGGCGAGGCGCGGAGUUAGCUGCCAUGGCCGUUUCAUGCCUAGGAUGGUGGUGAUCCCUCCUGGAAUGGAUUUCAGCAACGUCGUGGUUCCAGAAGACAUUGAUGGAGAUGGUGACAGCAAAGAUGAUAUCGUUAGUUUGGAGGGCGCUUCACCGAAGUCAAUGCCCCCAAUUUGGGCUGAGGUGAUGCGGUUCCUAACAAAUCCUCACAAGCCAAUGAUCCUGGCACUGUCAAGGCCUGACCCAAAGAAGAACAUCACCACUCUCGUCAAAGCCUUUGGAGAGUGCCGCCCACUCAGGGAACUUGCAAACCUUACUCUGAUCAUGGGGAACAGAGAUGACAUCGACAAUAUGUCUGCUGGCAACGCAAGUGUCCUCACCACAGUUCUGAAGCUGAUCGACAAGUAUGAUCUGUACGGAAGUGUGGCGUUUCCCAAGCAUCACAACCAGGCUGAUGUUCCAGAGAUCUACCGCCUUGCGGCCAAAAUGAAGGGCGUCUUCAUCAACCCUGCUCUCGUCGAGCCAUUUGGUCUUACCUUGAUCGAGGCUGCAGCACACGGACUCCCCAUAGUUGCCACCAAGAACGGCGGUCCGGUCGACAUUACAACUGCACUGAACAAUGGGCUGCUAGUUGACCCGCACGACCAGAAUGACAUUGCUGACGCGCUAUUGAAGCUUGUAGCAGACAAGAACCUGUGGCAGGAAUGCCGGAGGAACGGGCUGCGCAACAUACACCUCUACUCGUGGCCGGAGCACUGCCGCACGUACCUCACAAGGAUUGCCGGGUGCCGGUUAAGGAACCCGAGGUGGCUGAAGGACACACCAGCAGACGCCGGUGCGGAUGAGGAGGAGCUCCUGGAGGACUCCAUGGACGCCCAGGACCUGUCGCUCCGUCUGUCCAUCGACGGAGAGAAGAGCUCCCUGUGCAUUAACGAGCCACCUUCAUCGGACCCGCAGGAUCAGGUGCAGAGGAUCAUGAGCAAGAUCAACAAGUCGUCAGCGCUUCCACCAUCCAUGUCCUCAGUCGACAGUGCCAAGAAUGCAGCUGAGGCCACCGGCAGCAUCGUGAACAAGUACCCGCUUCUGCGCCGUCGCCGGCGCCUGUUCGUCAUCGCCGUGGACUGCUACCAAGACGAUGGCCGCGCUAGCAAGAAGAUGCUGCAGGUGAUCCAGGAGGUCUUCAGAGCGGUCCGGUCGGACUCCCAGAUGUCCAAGAUCUCAGGGUUUGCUUUGUCGACUGCAAUGCCGUUGUCCGAGGCGCUCCAGCUUCUGCAACUCGGCAAGAUCCCAGCGACCGACUUCGACGCGCUCAUCUGUGGCAGCGGCAGCGAGGUGUACUAUCCUGGCACAGCCCACUGCAUCGAUGCUGAAGGAAAGCUGCGCCCAGAUCAGGACUACCUGAUGCACAUCAGCCACCGGUGGUCCCAUGACGGCGCAAAGCAGACCAUAGCUAAGCUCAUGGUUGCACAGGAUGGUUCAAGUGACGUGAUCGAGCGGGACGUGGCGUCCAGCAAUCCGCACUGCGUCUCGUUCCUCAUCAAAGAUCCCAAAAAGGUGAAAACAAUCGAUGAGAUGAGGGAGAGGCUGAGGAUGCGUGGUCUCCGGUGCCACAUCAUGUACUGCAGGAACUCGACAAGACUUCAGGUCGUCCCUCUGCUAGCAUCAAGAUCACAGGCACUCAGGUAUCUUUUCGUUCGUUGGGGUCUGUUCAUGGGGAACAUGUAUCUGAUCACUGGGGAACAUGGCGACACCGAUGCUGAAGAGAUGCUAUCUGGGUUACACAAGACGGUGAUCCUCCGGGGUGUCACUGAGAAGGGCUCGGAAGCACUGCUGAGAAGCUCUGGAAGCUACCAGAGGACAGACGUGGUUCCAUCCGAGAGCCCCUUGGUUUGUUACACAGAUCUGAAAGCUGACGAGAUCAUUCUGGCUCUAAAGCAGGUCUCUAAGACUACCAGCAGCACGUAAAUUUGCUGCUAGGAAGGCUGGUCUCUGAUAUAUUCUUGCUGUUCAUAACUGAAAAGGCAUACUCGUUUUGACCUUUUUCUUCACUACAUAACUUGUGCAAAGUACCGUGACUGUAUGUCUUGCAGUGAAAAAUAACUAGGACACUGCUAAUUUUACUACUGGUGGGCGGUGGGCGGUGGCUCACCUGAUUGUGAACAGUGAUUAAAUAAUGUUAUUCUUCUUGAAUAGCUGUAUUCAGAGCAUACAAA